AGAGAGAGACGCAGCUGAGCCCCUCCCUACGCGGCGGCUACGCCCCUCUCUCGCUCUCUCUCUUCCCAAGCUGACAAUAAGAAAAACUUUUAAUCCCCCGAGGAGGCAGGCGGAGCAGAAGGAAGGAAGGCCAAAGCCAACCCAAGAGCAGCAGCAGCAGCGCAGAGCAAGCAGAAGCAAAGAGACACAGCAGCAGCCGGCCUACGCGCUUCCCUACGCCGCCCUCUCUACUCUGUAGAGUCUAGGCAGAGCCGCCCGUACUAGCCUGGCCUAGACAAAGAAACAAGUCUUCGGUCUCGGCGCCCCGUGCUCGCCUGCUCCCUCCUUGUCCCAUUCGUGUCCGGGGGGGACACACACCGGCGCGCACGCACGGCCGGCCGGGGGGACGGCCUGUUGCCUGCUCUGCUCCCGACGGCGACGGGACCUCGCCGCCGGCUGCCGUGGCGCCAUGCGUGGGGCACCGCUGAGGUAGGUAGAGGUAGCGUAGCGGCUCUCUCGCCGGCGGAGGGUGAUCUGGCCGGUCCGUUUGGCGUGUGGGAGGGAGAUGAUGAAGCAGCAGCAACAGCAGCCGGCGCCGGCGCCGGCGGUGAGCUCUGCGGCCGGGGCGGCGGUGACCGUGGCGUCGUUGGCGGGGGCAGGAUGCGAAGGGGAGAAGAAGGCGCCGGUGAUCAACUCGGAGCUAUGGCACGCCUGCGCUGGGCCGCUGGUAUCGCUUCCGCCGGCAGGCAGUCUCGUCGUCUACUUCCCGCAAGGCCACAGCGAGCAGGUUGCAGCUUCUAUGCAGAAGGAUGUUGAUGCCCAUGUUCCAAACUACCCAAAUCUUCCGUCAAAGCUGAUCUGCCUACUGCACAAUAUCACUUUACAUGCUGACCUAGAAACAGAUGAAGUUUAUGCGCAAAUGACUCUUCAGCCAGUUACAUCAUACGGAAAGGAGGCACUACAGCUAUCAGAGCUAGCACUCAAACAAUCAAGACCCCAGAAUGAGUUCUUCUGUAAGACACUGACUGCAAGUGAUACAAGUACACAUGGAGGCUUCUCUGUACCUCGCCGAGCUGCAGAGAAGAUAUUUCCACCUCUUGACUUCUCAAUGCAACCACCUGCUCAAGAGAUACAAGCUAGGGAUUUGCAUGAUAAUGUGUGGACAUUCCGUCACAUAUAUCGGGGUCAGCCAAAAAGACAUCUGCUUACCACUGGCUGGAGUCUCUUUGUGAGUGGCAAGAGGUUAUUUGCUGGAGAUUCUGUCAUUUUCGUUAGGGAUGAAAGGCAGCAACUUCUACUAGGGAUAAGGCGUGCUAACCGACAACCGACGAACAUUUCAUCAUCUGUCCUUUCAAGUGACAGCAUGCAUAUAGGGAUUCUUGCAGCUGCAGCACAUGCUGAUGCCAACAAUAGCCCAUUUACCAUCUUUUACAACCCAAGGGCCAGCCCUACUGAAUUUGUUAUCCCAUUUGCUAAGUAUCAGAAGGCUGUCUAUGGUAAUCAAUUAUCUUUAGGAAUGCGCUUCCGUAUGAUGUUUGAAACUGAGGAAUUAGGAACGAGAAGGUACAUGGGCACGAUAACUGGCAUAAGCGAUCUAGAUCCCGUAAGAUGGAAAAACUCUCAGUGGCGCAACUUACAGGUUGGCUGGGAUGAGUCUGCAGCAGGCGAAAGACGGAAUAGGGUUUCAAUCUGGGAGAUUGAACCGGUUGCUGCCCCAUUUUUCAUAUGCCCUCCACCGUUUUUUGGUUCAAAGCGUCCCAGACAAUUAGAUGAUGAGUCCUCAGAAAUGGAGAAUCUCUUAAAGAGGGCUAUGCCUUGGCUGGGUGAGGAGAUUUGUAUAAAGGACCCUCAGACGCAGAACACCAUAAUGCCUGGUCUGAGCUUGGUUCAGUGGAUGAACAUGAAUAUGCAGCAGGGCUCCUCAUUCGCAAAUACAGCCAUGCAGUCCGAGUACCUGCGGUCAAUAACAAACCCCAGCAUGCAAAAUAUUGGUUCGACUGAUCUCUCGAGGCAGCUCCUACAGAACCAGCUUCUGCAACAGAACAACAUUCAGUUUAAUACUCCUAAACUUCCACAGCAAAUGCAGCCAAACAAUGAUUUAUCCAAAGCAGCCCUUCCAUUGAAUCAGCUUGGUGUGAGUACCAAACUACAAGAACAGACUCAAGAUGCUAGCAACCUGCAGAGGCAACAACAAUCCAUGAACUAUGCACUUCCUUUGAGCCAAGCUCAAACCAGUCUCGCACAAGCUCAGGUUCUUGUACAGAAUCAGAUGCAGCAGCAGCCAAUGUCUCAAAAUCAGCUGCCAGCUGCCAGCCAGCCGCCCCUGCCCCAGCAACAACAACAUCAACAACAACAACAAAAGCUGCUACACCAGCAGCAGCAGCAGCUUUUACUUCAGCAACAGCAGUUACAACAACACAACCAGAAUCAGCAGCAGCUCAAUAAGAUGCCUGCGCAGCUACCAAAUCUGGCAAAUCAGCAGCUGCAACUAUCGGAUCAGCAGCUUCAGUUGCAACUCUUGCAAAAACUGCAGCAACAGCAGCAGUCAUUUCUGUCCCAACCUGGAGUCACCCUUGCACAAUUACCUUUAAUCCAAGAACAACAAAGAUUACUUAUGGAUAUGCAACAGCAGCUGUCAAGCUCUCAUUCACUUACCCAACAACAGAUGAUGCCCCAACAAAGCACAAAAAUUCCAUCACAGACAACAUCAAUGCCACUACCUAUGCAGCCAGAUACACAACAGAAGCUUCCACAGAAACAAGCUGUCCCUGCAGACACAUCCGAAGCUGCUGUUCCUCCGACCACAACACUCAAUUUCAGUUCAGCAAAUGGAAGUCCUUUGAGGAUGCCUGGUGCUACACAUUCUGUAGUCACAGAAGAAAUCCCUUCUUGCUCAACAUCCCCUUCCACUGCCAACGGUAAUCAUCUCCUGCAACCAGGCACUGGUAGGAACCAAUAUUGCAACAUGAUCAACACUGAGAAGGUACCUCAGUCAACUCCCCCCAUGUCAGUGCCAAGCUCUCUUGAAGUUGUAACGGGACCUCCAAGAAUAGCAAAGGAAUUGCCGAAGUUGACCUCCAAUGUAAAGCAAAGUAUGGUCGCUUCAAAAUUACAGAAUGCAGGAGCUGGUCCCCAAAAUUUUGUGGAUAAUGCACCCCCGACAGAUUAUCUUGAAACAGCUUCUUCAGCAACCUCAGUGUGGCUUUCCCAAACUGAUGGACUUCUACAUCAAAGUUUCCCCAUGUCUAACUUCAAUCAGCAGCCAAUGUUCAAAGAUGCACCUCCAGAUACUGAAAUUCAUGCUGAUGUUCCAAGUAACAAUACAUUGUUUGGAAUUAGCAACGAUGGUCAGGUAGGCUUCCCUAUGGGAACUGAUGACUUCCUGACAAAUGGACUUGAUACUGCCAAAUAUCAGAAUCAUAUCUCAACAGACAUUGAUAACAGCUACAUAAUACCGAAGGAUGCCCAGCAAGAGAUAUCAUCCUCCAUGGUUUCACAGUCAUUUGGUGCGUCAGAUAUGGCAUUUAAUUCAAUCGACUCUGGAAUCAAUGAUGGUACAUUUUUUAACAGAAGUUCUUGGCCUCCUGCUCCUCCAAUAAAGAGGAUGAGGACGUUCACCAAGGUAUAUAAACGUGGAGCUGUGGGCCGGUCUAUUGACAUUAGUCAAUACGCUGGAUAUGAUGAAUUAAAGCAUGCCCUAGCCCGAAUGUUUAGCAUAGAGGGGCAACUUGAGGAACGACAGAGGAUUGGCUGGAAGCUUGUCUAUAGAGAUCAUGAGGAUGACAUCCUACUUCUUGGCGAUGAUCCUUGGGAGGAGUUUGUCAACUGCGUGAAGUACAUUAGGAUCCUUUCUCCUCAAGAAGUGCAACAGAUGAGCUUGGAUGGUGAUCUGGGAAGCAAUAUUAUCCCCAACCAGGCUUGCAGCAGCUCAGACGGUGGGGGCAAUGCUUGGAGGGCUCGCUGUGAUCAGAACUCUGGCAACCCUUCCACCGGCUCAUAUGAUCAAUUUGAAUGACCUAAUUUACCAGUCUAUACACACCGUCAUUGUGGUGGUCUAAGUAGACGUCACCACCGGAAUGAUGACCGGCAAAGCUGUGCAGCGCCAGGAUGUUGUAGAUGCGUCGCUUACAUCCGGGAGCGCAAACAGCUCAUCGGAUUAGUAGUUUUCUGUUUAUAUGUGUAGUCCUUACAAGAAAGGAAGUAGGGAUGGGUAAAUGAAGCUUACCUCUAGAGUUUGAGAGAGUUAGGUGAAACAUGUCGUACAAUUGGAAAGUCAAGUCUGUAGUGACCUUAUGCUUCUCUGUUUUGAGGCCAUUGUUAAGAUCUCCAUGACUCCCAAAUUGGUAGCUGCAAAAGCAAAUAUUUUGUCUUGCAGUUC